AAUUGCGAUUGCGAGUCCUCCAAACCAUGGCGCUCGCCCUGGCCUCUCCAAUGGCGUCUCUCUCCUUCCACUCCGGGAGGAUCUCGGCGGCGUCUAUCGGAGGCGUCGGCCGCACUCGCAGGGCGGCCCCGGUGGGCGUAUCCGCCUCGCCGUUCCUCCGGAGCUCCUUCGUCUCGUCCUCCUCCACGUCGUCCGCCUCCGCCUCCGCCUCCCCCGCUUCGCUCGCGGCGGCUGUCUCGGCGUCUCUGGCAUUUACGUCCUCCUCCGCGUUUGCGGGUUCAUCUUUGGGAAUCGAGUUCAGCUACAGUAUAAUGACAACACGGAGAUCCCGUGGUAUGCAGAUUAGGGCUGGAAAGGCUGCCCUCUGCAUGACCAAGAGGUCAAGGUCUAGGAAGUCACUUGCCCGUACACAUGGUUUCCGCAGGCGGAUGCGGACUACUUCUGGAAGGAAGGUACUGAAGCGCAGGCGCGCCAAAGGCAGGAAGGUUCUUUGCACAAGGACAAACUCAAACAGUGGGAAGAAAAGAAUGUUCUAAUUACACUGCAAUUUGAUGUGCUCGCAACUGUAAGUGUAAUGUCUACUUGCAAUCUUCUAAGCCGCCAUCUAUGUGUAACAAUCAUGUAGCAUCCUAUUCCUGUUUAAUUGGUUAAAAAUAUCUGGAUCACCUUCUGCUUCCAAG